GGUAAAAUGGACAACAACUCUUAUCGCUAAAGAUGGUCAUCAUAUAGUAACAUUAGUUGCAACCUAUGCGAAUCUGCAAAAACGCAGUAGAAGGGCGAGCCUUGUAAGACAGGGAACUCGUACCGAGGUGGAACGAUCCCGACAUGUCCGUCUCGAUACAGGACCCUCGCGCAACGCCUCGGCAUAUAGCGGACCAAUUGAAACGAUUUAUUCUACUCGCGGAUGUACCCCAACCGACGACUCCAAACGGUACUUCUCUAUCAGAUGCAGGAUUUGUCCUGCUAAGCCUAAAGGACCAGAUCCUUGUCGACAACGCAAGGUCGCAACAUUUUUGCCAAGAAUUCAUCUCGAGACCGCUCAAUGGUGUCGAACUUCUCAGUAAAGUUGUCAUGGUUCUUCAAGGCAUUGUCAAUUCCACGCAACCACCUCCUUCUAAGAUUUCUAAUUUGCUAUCGAGGAACAGCUCCACUACGAAUCGAAAACGAAAAGCAGCGGUUGCCGAAGCCGACUGCAUCGAGUGUCUAAAGAUACUUCUCGAGAAAUCGGAAAAUGCUUGGCGACGAUUUUUGGAUUCGACCAACGGUCUCGAUGCUGUACUGUAUUCGGUCAACAGUCCACAGCUGGACUCGAAAUGUUAUGCUUUGGAGAUUCUGUUAUUACUGCUCGAUCAACCUCAAGGAUUCGUGAUUCUUAUGAGAGCGCUCACCGCACUGGCUGCUAGGAAUAGGGAUUAUCUUAGGUUUACUAUGUUUGUGGCACAGUUAAAACAUGGACUUCACACCAACAAACUACAUAUUCAGAUACUCAUCGUUCGACUAUUCAAUAAACUUUUGUCUACAGCCCCGUCGGGCACCCAUCGUACGCUUAUCCGAUGUGAAGUGGCGUUAACAAAGUUCAGUGUGGAAUACGUUGAGAAUCUUCUAAGCACACAGUCCGUUCCACUUGGAGGUAUGGAAAUUCUAGCUGAAGAGCUUGCAUUAUGGCGAUCAUUGGGUACACCGCCAAUGCCUUCAUAUGGUGUGGAGCACAAUCACAUCUACGGGCUGACCGAAACAGAGAGUGAUACGCUCCAGAGCGAACGACCUCGUCACGGCCGACCGCCCGCCGGCAAAUAUCCCACCGGUAGCACAGUACUGAAAAACGUUGAACGACAACGCUUCAAAAAGCAAAGUGAAAUCGGCUCCGGUGGACGGUCAUCGGCUCCAGGAUACUAUCCAGAAAAUGACCGCCACUCAUCCAAUGCAUUUUACCCUGAUAGGAGAGCAGUUACGCUAUCGAAUCGCGCAUGGCAGGAACCUUCAGAUGCUUCGUAUUCGCCACCGCCAUUGCCUCGAACCAGCUAUGGUACUGAGAGAAGAACGUCAUCAAGUGGAAUGCGCAGGGCGAAGAGUGAAAGCGCCAUGCUUGGAUCAGAAAGAAGUGACAGCCCCGAAGGUGCACCACGUGGUUUGAAGCGGUAUAACCCACAAGAACAACAGUUAUAUCAUCCUAUACAGCACUCUCGGGUCAUGUCUAGAAGCGUUCAUGACCUCUCUUCUCGCGAUGAUGCUGCUUCAUCAACACUGACUCGUCCAAAUUCCGCACGGCCCUCCUCAGCAACUCGUCCACAAAGUAGAACGUUAACUAGAAGGGUGUCCACACCACAAGGGCAUUCACCUACAAGAUUUGAAUCCAGGUUCCAAGUUGACGAGUCGCCACCUCGAGCACGUUACGCUAGCCCCAGCUCGCCCCGUGCCCGUUUUGCCGAGCCUCCGAUAGUUGAGGCUCAAGUACCACACGCUGGAUUCAGCUAUCUGUUCCCCUCCCAACCCGUUGUAUCCAGCGUGGUCCCCAGAAGAGCAAAUACACCCGACCCUCAUGCAAGGCCGAUAAUCCGGUCGCAUUCCCCCACGCGACUGAUGUCACCGAGUCCACGCCCGGAUUACGAUACCAAGUCAUACAUCGAAAACGGGCAAGUGGUUUACAUACCAAUCAACAUGGAGAAUGGCCGUCACGAAAAGCUGAGUCGAUAUGACCGACCCGAUGGGGGUAUCUAUACGACUGAUUCGAGGACUAGUAGCCGUGCAAAAGUAAGGAGUCCCAGCAUCAAUGGAGUCAUAGGAGAUGACGUGAGAGACGCAUUGAGUCAGUUCGACUACCUCAAUGAUUAUGACAACACAAGCAUUCGAGGACGUGAACGGGAAGCCUCAUAUCAUUUCUGAAGACACUACAUUGAUCUAGAAUUUUCUCACUAUGAAAGCUUUGUACACAGAAUCACACUGUUGAUAUUGCAUGCCUUUUACAAUAGCUCAACUUAUGUGCUAUUCACUUCUCGCACCAAUACGACCAAUUUAGCACAAUUUCAGUUCCUGUAACUUUUUUAG